UAGUCGCGUUUGAUUACUUCUUUCUUUCUUUCGAGAAGAUUCGUUUGAGUUGAGAAUUGAAACGCGAUUGUAAUCGUUGCGAUAUUCGAGUCAUUGUGAAAGAACCGAGAAUUGUCAAUAUUGUCGAGCGAGGCUGUCUCGAUACAGCUAAGAGGAAAGAUACCAAGAUAUCCAACGAUCCUCGGACCGAGCAGCGUGAAGGAAAGACGAGCGUCGCCAUUACGACGUAGUCACACGAACAGAGGACGAGUCAGCCAUAUUGGCACAUUGAAAAUGCCCUCAUGGGCUUGGUCAAGGAGACCAUUAUUUUCCAUAAACGAGGAAGGCAGUCGCUUUCAGAGUUCGAGAAAGAACGAUGCGAGGAAUAUUUCCUCCAUCACAAUAAGCUUGCAAUCUUGAAGAUUGUAAGCAGAACGGGCCCUCGUUACAAUAAGAUAAACUGAGCUCAGUAUAAUUACUUUCGUUAAUUUCUUAUGGUUGCAACCCGCGUGUAAAAUAAUUUAUUCUUGCUGUAAAAUAACUUACAUUAUCGAAAUACAUUACCGAAAGAGACACGUGAUUCUGAUAUUUACGUGAAUACGGCGUUAUACUUGCGUAUAUUGUGGUUCAAUCCCGCUGAUAUUGAACAUAACUUGUCUUUUAAGAUAAAACGUAUUAUCUGCGUAUGAUUAAUUCUGACUUAAUUGAAUUCUCGAUUUAUUCUUUACUGAGUGAGUUUGAUUAUAAAUUGCUACAUCACUUAUUCGAUAACUUGCUUAUUGCUGAAGUUACGGUGUCAAUUAAUAUUGAAAAGUGCGUUACAUUCAAUUUGUAGAAACGCGCACAACAGGCUAUUUUAGUUUAAAUCAUCUCUUUCAGAAUAUAGUUAUUGUUCUUUCGAGUAAAAAUAAAUUAUAUUCUUUAAUUACUUUAUUUAGAAAGAUUAUUUUCUGAUUAUCAUUUAAUUGACACAUUCCUUCAUUUAUGAUUAUUCGUUGUAUAUUUAUAGAUGUUUAUGUGUACUAUAAGUUAUGUAAAAUGUGUUUAACAUGAAUGGUUUUUUCUCAGAGAUAGUUUAAUUAUGGAAUGCAUUUGACUGCUUCAACGUUUCGAGAAAUAAGCAUAAUAGAUAUCUACUUUCUUCAGAUGAGUUCUAUCAGUCAAUACGAGAUUACAAUAUUGAAGUGUCAACAAGAAAGGAUUAUUCUUUAAUGAUUAUUCUUUUUCAUUGUAUUUUAUACAGCUGAAUAUUUCGUACAAUAUCUUAUUAUACUAUUUAUGCAUCUAUUAUGAGACAAUCCUAGUUUGGAAUAAGAGUUAACUUGGAAAUACACAAUCUCUUUAACUUAAACCACGUGAGUAAAUGUGUCGUUUCCUAUACAAAUUCUAGAGGCCAGGCUCCUGCGCGAGCUUGUACUUAACAUUGGUCCUUCGAGCCGGAUCUGUAAUUCCGGAUUUGUAGAUCUGGAUAUGUAAUUCCGGAUAUAAAAAUUAAAAUAGAGAUUCAUUGUGAAUUCUAAAUACUUUUGCUAUUACGUGUGAAAUCCGGAUUGAGGAAGCGACACAUCGAGUUUCGCGAAAAUUAAUACAUAGUUGAGUGAAAAGCAUUCCGCCUGAAUCAUUUCGAGUUUGAUAUUGAUAGAUAUUUCUAAACAAUAAAAUGGAUUCGAUAAUCGAUCAGAUCAAUCAACAGCUCGUGGUGAGUAAUUUCAUAGCUAAAGCUUAUGAUAAUUUUGUCAGGAAAGGGUCCUCAGGAAUUACGAAACAAAGAACAGAUAUUUACCUUUCUUCCUUAGAGGAGAAUUGGAAUAGGUUCAGUUUAACACACGACGCCAUUCUAAUGGAAGUCGCUAGACUUACAAGUGAGGACAGGCAAUUAAUUCGAACGCACUCGUAUUUCACGGAUCGAGUCUUAACGACUCACAGGAAUUAUUUAGCAGCGGUUGAACAGAUAACGGCUCGUCUCAGUGCAGAACAACAAAAUGUAACAGGGUCUUUUUCUACAUCAUCUCAAUCUCAGGAUAUUCUUGUACCUAACGUUUCUCAACAUCAGCAUGCUCAUCUUCCUCAAGUUAAUAUUCCGACGUUCGACGGUACUCCUUCAGAGUGGCUCAAUUUUAGAGACUCGUUUACUUCUCUCAUUUUAUCCAAUGCGUCUUUAACAUCAAUAGAGAAGUUGCAAUAUUUGAAAACAAGUUUAACAGGCUAUGCUGCUCACUUGAUCAAGAAUACGACACUCACUUCUGACAACCUUUUAAAAGCGUGGAAUUUGUUGUUAUCAUUUUACGAUAAGCCUAGAAUUCAAGUUAAUACUUCAUCUCCAAAAAAUACUUGUCCAGUUUGUAAAAGAAGUCAUUACAUUGUGAAAUGUCCUAAGUAUAUCGAUGGGACUACAGAUCAGAAGUUGGCACUUAUAGCCAAAUAUCAAUUAUGUUAUAAUUGUUUAGCGAAACACAGAGUAGUGAAUUGUAAAGUAACUAAGCGUUGUCGUACAUGUGGUAAGAAGCACCACACAACAAUACACAAGGAAAGAACUUCUUUUAAUACUAAAGAUGUAAAAUCAGAACCUCAACUUAAGUCCAGCCCGGCUGUAGCAGAAGCAGAAAAGGACACACCCUAAGUAUUACAUUCGACUGUUAAUAAAAGUUUGAAUGCUUCAUGUGUAUUGUUGGCUACCGCGCAAGUAUUUAUAAUCUCAGAUAGACAAGAAGUUAGAAAAGUUCGUGCUCUUUUGGAUCAAAGCUCGGAGAUCUCAUUGAUCACUUGAAAUAAUCGCUAGCAAGGCGAUUAGUGUAUGACGAACUUAACGUUCUAUCAUAAUGCGAUCUUUGAUUACAGAGUUCGAGAAAGAACGAUGCGAGGAAUAUUUCCUCCAUCGCAAUAGGCUUGCAAUCUUGAAGAUUGUAAGCAGAACGGGCCCUCGUUACAAUAAGAUAAACUGAGCUCAGUAUAAUUACUUUCGUUAAUUUCUUGUGGUUGCAACCCGCGUGUAAAAUCAUUUAUUCUUGCUGUAAAAUAACUUACAUUAUCGAGAUACAUUACCGAAAGAGACACGUGAUUCUGAUAUUCACGUGAAUACGGCGUAUUCACGUGAAUACUUGCGUAUAUUGUGGUUCAAUUCCGCUGAUAUUGAACAUAACUUGUCUUUUAAGAUAAAACGUAUUAUCUGCGUAUGAUUAAUUCUGACUUAAUUGAAUUCUCGAUUCAUUCUUUACUGAGUUUGAUUAUAAAUCGCUACAUCACUUAUUCGAUAACUUGCUUAUUGCUGAAGUUACGGUGUCAAUUAAUAUUGAAAAGUGCGUUACAUUCAAUUUGCAGAAACGCGCACAACAGUAGGCUAUUUUAGUUUAAUUCUUUAUCUCUUUCAGAAUAUAAUUAUUGUUCUUUCGAGUAAAAAUAAAUUAUAUUCUUUAAUUACUUUAUUUAGAAAGAUUAUUUCGUGAUUAUCAUCUAAUUGACACAUUCUUUCAUUUAUGAUUAUUUGUUGUAUAUUUAUAGAUGUUUAUGUACACUUUAAGUUAUGUAAAAUGUGUUUAACAUGAAUGGUCCUUUCUCAGAGAUAGCGCGGGGUAGUUUAAUUAUGCAUUUGAAUGCAUUUGACUGCUUCAACGUUUCGAGAACUAAGCAUAAUAGAUAUCUACUUUCUUCAGAUGAGUUCUAUCAGUCAAUACGAGAUUACAAUAUUGAAGUCUCAACAAGAAAGGAUUAUUCUUUAAUGAUUAUUCUUUUUCAUUGUAUUUUAUACAGCUGAAUAUUUUGUACAAUAUCUUAUUAUACUAUUUAUACAUCUAUUAUGAGACAAUCCUAGUUUGGAAUAAGAGUUAACUUGGAAAUACACAAUCUCUUUAACUUAAACCACGUGAGUAAAUGUGUCAUUUCCUAUACAAAUUCUAGAGGCCAGGCUCCUGCGCGAGCUUGUACUUAAUACUUAUAUUGUUUACGUUGUUUUGUUCGUUAAUAAUAAAUAAUAAUGGGUUGUACAUUACAAUCAGUAAGAUCACAUUAAUAGCGACAUUAAUAAUGGCAGUCAAUAAAUUUGUGUUCUCUAUUAUGUUGAAUUUUUUCAAGUAUCGUGCAACCACGCGGCUUUCGCGUCUCCGAUUCGUAUUGAUAGCUUUAUAGUUUUAUUAUUCAUAGCCUUUACUUUCGCGCAACAGUAAAUACGAGACCCGCCUGAUCCGUCGAACCUGCGCGCCUCGUACAGCAUGUUUUAUUGAAACACUUAUCGUGGCGGACAUGUGGAUUAUAAAAAUCUUACGAUCAUUCGAAUUUAUCGCAUUUCGCUGCUUAGACAUUCGCCGUCUCGUCAUGGUAUGGUGCACACAAGCCGAUAAAAUAUUAUCAUUCCCAUUUGUAUUUGUCACUAAAAAAUUGGAUGUUAUUCAAUUACCAUGGACGCAAAUUCGCGCGCUCGUCAAUAAUUACAUGCAACGCGGCAUUCGCCCGUACGGUUCCACUUAUCGUUUUACGUCGCGCGGAGAACCGGAGAAACGUUCUGUCGUGGAAUAAUCUUAUUUAUCUCUGUGAAAUAUCGUUCUGUGUAAGGAUAACGUAUCAUUAAAUAAAUUCUGAUUGCCUUUUAUACAU